CCACUUCCCUUAGCCCCUUGGCUGGCGCCCGCUGGUCGCGUCCCUGUCUCUAUGGGAGUUGUUGUUUUCUCGCCUCUGACGUCACAUUAGUGUCAGUGGGGCGAGCGGACGUGCGGACUACCGCUCCCGGCGAGACGCGCGGCGCGGCGCAGCGCACAGCGGCCCGGAAGAAGCCAGUAGCAGUCGGCUUUGGCAGCUUCGGUGGCGGACAGCCAUGAGUGGACAGAUGGCAGUGCUGGGUUCAGCUGUUCUGGCUCUCUUGUUAGCUGGCUAUCUAGCACAGCAAUAUUUACCCAUGCCUACGCCAAAAGUAAUUGGAGUUGACCUUGGCACGACAUACUCCUCUGUUGGUGUCUUCCUUCCUGGAACAGGACAAGUGAAGGUUAUUGCAGAUGAAAAUGGGCGCAAUAGCAUACCAAGUAUAGUCUCAUUCAGAGACAGGGAAGUGUAUGUAGGAUAUGAUGGCCUAGAACUGGCUGAUUCAAAUCCUCAGAACACCAUAUAUGAUGCAAAAAGAUUCAUUGGGAAAAUCUUUGCCUCAGAAGAACUGCAGAGUGAAAGUCGCAGGUAUCCCUUUAAGAUUUUGAACAACAAUGGAUCAGCUGAAUUUUCUGUGGAGUUUAAUCAAACCUUUCACAUCACCCCAGAGGGUAUUGGCUCUUUCCUGCUACGGAAAUUGAAGAAGCUGGCAGAAGAGCACCUGGGUGUGCCCAUUUCAGAGGCGGUCAUCUCUGUGCCAGCAGAAUUUGAUGAAAGGCAACGGAAUUCUACCAUUAAGGCAGCUAACCUUGCAGGGCUACACAUUUUGCGAGUAAUCAAUGAACCCACAGCUGCAGCUAUGGCUUAUGGACUCCACAAAGCUGAUGUGUUUAAUGUUCUGGUGGUGGAUUUGGGUGGAGGAACUUUGGAUGUGUCCCUGUUGAACAAGCAGGGAGGAAUGUUCCUCACGCGAGCCAUGGCAGGUAACAACAAACUUGGAGGACAAGAUUUUAAUCAGAAGUUGAUGCUGUAUUUGUACGAUCAGCUCCGACAAGUGUACGGUUCUCUGCCAACAAGAAAAGAAGAAAUACAUCGCCUCAGACAGGCUGUGGAAGCAGUUAAAUUAAAUCUGACUGUUCAUGAGGCAGCUACACUAAGGGUGGAGUUGACAAUGCCAGCAAGGAAGCUUACAAAAGAAGUCUCAGAAAGUGAGGUCAAAACCAACUCUGUGGCAGAAGACAAGCCUCUGCAAAAGGCAGGAGGGCUGGAAAACAUUGGAGAUGCUUCCGAAGCAGAGAAAGACUUUGACAAAGUUGUGUUUGAAACGCAAAUCUCUAGGAAGCUGUUUGAGAUGUUAAAUGAGGACCUUUUUGAGAAGAUUCUUGUGCCCAUUGAACAAGUGUUGAAGGAAGGCCACCUAGACAGAUCAGAAGUGGAUGAAAUUGUGUUAGUUGGAGGCUCCACUCGGAUUCCUAAGAUACGCAGAGUUAUUCGGGAUUUCUUUGGGAAGGAACCGAACACCUCUGUAGAUCCUGAUCUGGCUGUGGUAACGGGUGUAGCUCUCCAGGCAGGAAUCAUUGCUGGCUCCUGGCCUCUUCAAGUCAGCGCUAUAGAAAUUCCUAAUAAGCAUUUGCGGAAGACUAAUUUUAACUGAAGAGAAACUUUUUCCCGUUGCAUUCCAUCUCUCUGAAGCAUACUCUGAUGGUGCAUACUUUCCUGACUGGCAGUGGAGCCUAAUUCUAGCCAUAUCAAAUUCAUUCUUUUACCUGUCAAAUUUAUCCGUCUUAGGUGUUACUGGACACAAAACUGUUACAGCUAGGUGUUACUUCAGAAGUUCUGAAGCAUCUUUUAAAUAGAGGACGCUUGUAGAUGAGAAUUUGGAUGAAAAUGCUGGUGAUGACACACCCAUGCUGUCAUGCUAAAUUUUAUUAGCAAAUCCUGAAGAGGUGUAUGUUUAAAAUAUAAAGGGAGCGUGACCAAAGGUUAGAGAGAAGGUUUUAUGGUACUGUAGGUAUUCUCAGGUCAGGUCCAACAUAUCUACUUUGAAAGAAUGUGAAUCAGUGUUAAUGCACAUAGCACUAACAAUGUUGAACUUCAAUUUAUUUAUUAAACUGAGUCAUGUAAGCACCUUUCUUGCAGCUUCAAUGGGACUUGGGCAUUCACUUGGUUCUUCUGCUGUUCAUUAGCAGCAUGAUGGUAUCAUUGAAGUUGUAUGGCAAAUUAUCUCAUGCUUCAGCUGAAACAUAUUAAGAAACUUAACUCUUGCUGUGUUGAGUUACUUGAUGAGCCUCCAAGGGCUUACUGCCUGAUCUGGUUUUGCUGGUGAACAUACAGGUGCUCCUGUCAUACCACUGAUGUUCUCCACAGAGAGCAAGGGUGUAGCACCAACUAUUUAUACUUCCCUGCACCUUAUUUGAAAACUGCAGUGAUUUUGUGUAACUUGAAGGCACAACAGUUCGUCUUUUCUUCAGUUUGACCAACAUGGGUUUCAUUGUUGUGCAUCUAUGAGCGUGUGAUGCCUUUCCCCAUGAGCGCCUCAAGCCAUGUUGUUCUCAGAGAGAAAGUGUGGGACAGAAGGGACUGCCUGGAUGACAACAGUGGUUCCUCUGCUCCUAACAAAUGAAAAUUCACCCAACUAUUUCAUACUAUUUAGUUCAUAUCUCUGAUUCAAGUUCUGCCACGUCCCCACUCUAAACUGAAUAGGGAUCAGAAAUUGUAGCUGUUUUUUCGGGAAGGUCACUCAGGAUUUGAGGUAGCACUUCUUAGGACUGUGUUAGGCAAGUAGUUUGCUGCCCAGCUAUCUAGCAAAUGCAUGAGAUAAAACCCCCAAUGAUCUGAAAAAAAUAACUGGGGGAAAAAAAGAAUUAAUGAUCUGAAAAAAUAGUUGGUGACAGUUCUGUGCUCUUUGGAGGGUUAAAUCAAUACUUAAAUGCCACUGGAAAUAUUUUAUCUGUGUAGAACAUUCUGCAGUAAAAACAGUUCAUUUGGCUUCAACAUCCAUCAACCUGGUCUUAAUUGAGUAAGCUCUAGCAACAGGUCCUUCUCAGCAUUUUCUUGUGUUCUCCAGAAUCAUUUUCUUUGCAUUAAGCUUGUCAGGAUCAAGUGACAGGCUUAGAUUUAUUAUUUAACCUAUGAUUACAUUAAAAUAGUCUUCAUAUUCUCCUGGCAGUAGGCCUGAUUUAUGGCACUGCCAUAAGUCAGUUGUGCCGAUUCAGCUGUUUGCAUAGCUGUUGUCUAAACGUGGCCUUGAAGUAAUCCAAUUAAAGACCUCUAAAAUUGAAUCACAGUUGUACACUACCAUUCCAUCAACAUUGUUUAACUUCACAGAGGAUUCCCAAAAUACAUGUGGUUAAUUUCCCUCAGUUGAAAAAACAAAGGGAUUUAUCUGAGGGGUUUUUUCCCUUUGUACCCCCUUGAAAGUGACCAUUUCUAAGUCUGUGUGGAACUUCCAGGAAGUGAAAGUUUCCUGUGUUGAAGGAAGUGCCUCCUCCGUACCUCCUCAGAAGUGCCUCCUCAUCUCACUGAGGAUGCCAACAUACAGUAUGGUUGAAUGCCAAUAUACAGUACAGGUCUCACAUGCGGUUGCUAUUUGGGGUCUUUGCCUUGCAGAUAUAAAUGUAUGUGUUUAACUUAAGUUCCAGUGUCUUUGGAGUCACUGUGGCCUGCCCUGCUGUAAAUUCAUCUCAGUGUCUACUGAAGUUACAGUAGGUUUUCAGUCUUCACCUAUUUAAAUGCAGAGUGUCAAAUGAGCAGAGUUAUAUGGCAACAGAACAUCACGGUGAAGUCAAGCCGUUACAAGCUGUUGGUGACUUUGGGACACGUUAGGCAGGAGCAACUUCAAGCUGUUAAAAAGUCUCAAUGCAAAUAAAUGCUUUUUUCCUUUUGUGUACCCUUUCACUGGGGAGGGGGGAUGUUUCCUUCAUUGUGAAUCUGGGAAUUUUAAGGGAAGGAUGAGUUGUUUACUUGUAACACAAAGGGGUAUUUAUUCAGAUUUCUAUGCAGUUUUGGUUUUGGAGUAGAGAAGUUACUCUACAUUGUAACUUUGAUGCAUCCUUAUUUAUUAAAUAACUUUUCUGAGUUCUACAACAGAGUUAUUUAUUUUGUAUCUUUUGAUUUUAGUUCUGUAAUCUGGCACAAACCACUGAAUUUUAAAGAUUAGACGGCUGUACAAAGUGUGUGUUUCCAGGUACACGCAUGUCCUGCUUACUAAAAGUCUCUCUUUAAAGGAGUUGAUAUUUGAAAGCUGAAAUCUUUCUACAAACAGUCCUUGAAGUCGGAGUAUGGUUGCCUGUGGUGUUACGUGUAUAAUGAAUUCAUAUAGCCAAAGCUUGCUUGGUCAGUUGAAAUGCUGAAAGUAUAAGAUGCCUCACCAAUUGUAUGUUCCUGAAUUGUUUCCAGUGCAGAUGUUGAAAUGCAUUUUAUAAGUAAUCUUUUAGAAUGUUUUUAAUAAAAGCAGUUUCU